UCAGGGGGCGGGCGCCGUUCUCGCGCCCUCCGGGAGCUCUCGCGAGACUUCCGGGGAGGCCGCGGCGGCGGCGGGAUGGGAGCGCCGAGAUGCCCCGGCACUGCUCCGCCGCCGGCUGCUGCACCCGCGACACCCGCGACACGCGCGGCAGAGGCAUCUCCUUCCACCGGCUGCCGCGGCGGGACGACCCGCGCCGGGCGCAGUGGCUGGAGAACAGCCGGCGGCGGGACCCGGCCGGGGGCGGGCGCUGGGACCCCAGCUCCAAAUACAUCUACUUCUGCUCGCAGCACUUCGAACAGUCCUGCUUCGAGCUCGUGGGCUACAGACGUGACCCCCUCCCGGCCCCGCCGCCCCCCCCGCCGCCCUCGGACGUCUCCUGCUUCCCGCGGGACUCCAAAGACCCCGGCCCGCCCCCGGCCGGCGACCACGGCGGGGUCCCGGCGCUGCCCGGCCCCUCGGGCUCCAUCCCAGAGACCCUCCUGGCGGCCACGGGCGACGACGUGGCCGCGACCACCACGCCGGCUCUGCCCGAGGGAGCCCCCCCGACCCCCGCCGGCCCCGCGGGACCCCCGGGACCGCCGUCGCCGUCGCUGUUCAUGCUGCGGCUGCCGCCGCGGGCGGGCUCGUACAUCCAGAGCGAGCACAGCUACCAGGUGGGCAGCGCGCUGCUCUGGAAGCGCCGCGCCGAGGCCGCGCUGGACGCGCUGGACAAGGCGCAGAGGCAGCUCCAGGCCGGCAAACGGCGCGAGCAGCGGCUGCGGCUGCGCCUGGCCGAGCUGCAGAGGGAGCGCAGGGCGGGCCCCGAGCCGCGGAGGAGCUCCAAGGAGCGCGCGGAGCUGCUCCGAGACGCCGCCGCUGCAGGAGGAGGAGGAGGGCGGUGAGGAGGUGGAGGAGCUGCGAGGCGCGGAGGUUUGUAAAUAAAGGAUUUUACCCUG